UGUGCCGGUGAACGGACGGGGAUCCAAAUGCCUAUUCAUAGCCCGUGUCCGCGCAAUUGAUACAUACGUUCCGCGUGUUUGAGCACCAAAAAAAAUGCAAAUUAUCUGCAGGAUCAGAGCCUUUUGGUCUUUAUCGCAGGAGCCCGUGUAUUGUUACUGUAUUUUUCAUGGAACAUGUGUUAAGUGCGGCGUUUGGCAAAACAACAAGAACACCUGAUAUAUGCCUAUUCCUGAUUCAUAACAUCGGCCAUAAUGCAGUGUCGCCACGCCAGAUGCUUUCCAACCACAGCCAUCGUCCUGAUCAUCAUGGUCUUCUUGCUGAACUGUGUUGCUUGGUUCUCUCUUAUAUAUCGCGAUAAUUUCUUCCGACCAGUUCCGAUAUACCGUCAAAUGCAACAUGUCACAAGGACACACAACGCUUCUAACAACGCGUCGAGCGCCAGUGGCAGUCCCGUCCCAACACAAGCUAACCCGACAGCCGCCAACCACCCCAGCAAAGAUGGCGUCGGUAACGAACCUCUGGACUACGAAAUCGUCAUCUCCCACUAUAACGAGAAACUGGAUUGGAUGAAGCCCCUUGCCAAUCACAGUCACGUGUAUCACAAGGGGAAAGACAAAGGACCACCUUUUGAUGUCUACAAGUGGGAAAAGUUACUAAACGUGGGGCGAGAAGCCCACACCUACCUGCACCAUAUCAUACACAAUUACGACAAACUCGCCGAUAUAACCGUCUUCCUGCAAGGCACGGAUCCUGGUAGAGAGCAUAGGCGAUGGUGCUUUUCCAGUGCGAUGGAGUUCGUUCAGCGAGCCAAGAAACACCAGUACUGCAACAUCAGGCAGCGCUACGGCGGCUGGGGGCGCGUCCGCCAUCUUAGCAAGUGGCUGAAAUCUCUUGAGAACGGCCAGAUGCGGAGAGCGAACCUGACUAUGGGCGAGUUCUACACGGCCUUGUUUGGUACCAAACCUCCCAAAAGGGUGCCAGUAUGUUAUGCAGGAUGUGUCUCUGCUUCCAGGAAAAACCUGAGACGGUUCCCAGUUAGUUUCUAUGAGAAAGCCAUUUCAUUUGUGAACGAUCAUUGGAACCCAGAGGAGGGCCAUUACUUUGAGAGACUUUGGGCAACCAUAAUCAAUGCCAAGAAAUAGUGAUUUGAAUGCAGAUGCGCUGACCUACACUCCUUUAUGUCUUGCAAAAAGCCCUCGCCACGAAAAUGGGUACUUUACAUAUCGACUUCUUUAUUGGUUUCUUUCGUUCAGUUAUGCGGGAGGGGUGUGGUCAGACACCGGGGCGGGUUAAAUGUUUUACAUUGUAUAAAAGUUGUUCACUCUGUUGUGCAGGGCCAGUAAAACAAAACGUCCCUUUGGAUAAGUCCUUGUCUCCCACAAUAACGGGAAAGGCUACCAGUUUUUUUUUCAGCCAACAUUCGGUCUGUAUCUGGGUAUUGGCCACAUUUCGUACGAGUUUCACUGAUAGCGGCCAUGCCUGAAAAGAAUACAGUCAUGUCUUUUCUUCGUGACUACCUUAAAAGACAAAUACAAUACAAUGUUCAGAAUAGGUCUCUUGCUAUCACCGCAACGGCAACAAUGGGCCUCUACAGUUAUGGACGAUGAAAUAAAUACAAGGAAUAACAAAACUGAAUAUUAAUUAAAUGUAAUUGUACACUAUUAUUUUGAUCUUGAAUUUGAAUUACAGAUAAGUUUUACAUUUUCACUGUCCUGUUUCUCGAUAUUUCACCUGUCUGCCAAUAAGAUCAAUGCAUAGUUUUGUCCCUGUUCUCAUGUGUGCAAUAUACCCUUACAAAAAUGUCCCAUGGCGAUUUCCCAUGGGAUCGCCAUGGCGAUUUUCCAUGGCAUUUUUCCAUGUGGUACAUGGGGUUUUGGACUCCAUGUACCACAUGGGAUUUUUCCCAUGGAAUUAAUCCCAUGUAUCACAUGGGAUUUUUUUCCAUGGAAUUAACCCCAUGUAUCACAAGGGAUUUUUCCCAUGGAAUUUACCCCAUGUACCACAUGGGACUUUUCCCAUGGAAUUUUCAUCAUGAGAUUUUUUCCAUCGAAUUAACCCCAUGUACCACAUAGGACUUUUCCCAUGGAAUGUUCACCAUGAGAUUUUCCCCAUGGCCUGUUUCAGAAUAUAAACCUUAUUAUAGUUCCUCAGUAUACCUUUCCAUAGCAGCAUCCAAUAUCUGCAUUAUGGUUUUACCUCAUGUCAAUUAGAUUCACACAUUGUGGAGUGACUCCGAAGGUGAUUGCCCCAAGUACAGCAGGUAGGGGAGUGUCGAAGCGCUCUAUGACAAAGUAAUGUUUUCUUCCGGCUUCCAUACCACUCUAAAAGUUGUACCAUAAAUCACAGUACCCUAAAUGUUUUUGAUAAUAAAUUGUUUUCAAUAAUAAUAAAUGAAUAUAAAUUAUCCACAGUA